AUGGACACACCACGCAUCCAGUUCCUCGCCCCGACGCCCGCCAUAGCCGGCUACGACCGCGCCCUCGGCCCCGCGUCCCCGGCGGUACCGCGCGCCUUCGCCGACGCCAUGGCGGUGCGCGAGGCCGUGUUCGUGCGCGAGCAGGGCGUGGCGCCCGAGAACGAGCUCGACGCCGACGACGCCCGGUCGUGCCACUGGGUCGCCUACGACACCACCACCACCACCACCACCACCACCACCACUGCUGCUACAGAACAACAAAAACCAAUCGGCACCCUCCGCCUCGUGCCGUCCCCGCACCCGCCGCACCCGGAGCCCGGCGGCGUCUACUACGACGGCAGGCUAACGGGGCGCAGGAGGGAUGGCACGGGGGAUGAUGAUGAUGAUGAGGUGGUAGAGGAGGUGAAAAAGGAGGGCGACGACGACGACGACGACGGCGACCGCCCCACAUCACUGCACGACGGCCGCAAGCCCUACGUCAAGCUGGGCCGCCUGGCCGUCGCGCGCGAGUUCCGCGGCAGGGGGGUCGGCGGCCUGCUGGUGCGGGCCGCGCUGCGGUGGAUGCGCGAGCACCCGGCCUACUUUGACGCCGCGACCACCACCACCACCACCACCACCACUGGGGAGGAGGCGCCACAACCGCACAAGUGGGACGGCCUCGUGUGCUGCCACGCCCAGGAGCAGGUGCGGCACGUCUGGGCGAGCUACGGCUUCGAGCUAGACGAGGGCAUGGGCAGGUGGUGGGAGGAGGGGAUGCCGCACGUCGGCAUGUUUCAGCGGCUCAAGCUCGAGCCUGUUGAUCCAUAG